GGGUGUAUUGCAGUCCGUUUGUAGCAUCAUGCAGCUUAUCAAGUGCUAGCUUAACAUUAGCCUGAGGGGGGAUACAAACGGCGGUGAGAAACACCGCAGUGAAUUCCCUCGGAUGAUGUUCAAGCUUCUGCUGCUUCUGUGCCUUGGUCACUGUCUCUGUGAUGUUUCAAAGGGAACCUUAGAUAUUGAUGCUAAUAUCGGAGACACUGUCACACUGCCCUGUGAUGGACCAGCAGAUACAGACACAAAGGAGGUUGAUGUUCUGUGGCAGUUCGGAGGCAAACCUGUCUGCUGGUUUAAAAAUGGCAGCUGGUGUGAAACUGGUCAUUAUGUGAACCGAACUCGACUUGGAUCCAUCCAACAGAACAACUUCUCUCUGGUCAUUUAUCCUGUGAAAGAAGAGGAUAGAGGGGAGUAUAAGUGUCUAGUCAGUGAUGAGGUUCAGCAGCGGAUUCGCCUUAAUGUUACAGAUCCUGUUUGCAGGCCAUACAGAGAGAGAGAAGAUCAUCCAGGGGUGUCUUCAGGAGGAAACAUGCUGGUGAUUGGGCUGAUCGUGGGCGUCGUGGUGACUGUGGGGGCUGCGGUGGGGGCUGCAGUUUUGAUCAAACGACUGCGGAAUUAGCAAUUGAAAAUCGACCUGAUCAGGGACCAUCUGAACAUCCCCUGAUUAGUAAUGCUACCUCUGGCCAUUCUGAGGACAGCAGCAUUACUGAGAAGAUGGAGGAACCAGCUGUGUGAUAAAAACCAGGCUGAGUAAUAAUUAUGUUUGUUUUUUUUUAACUGCUUGUCGCUUUAAAUAUACAUGAAAUGUAUAUUUGUAUAUUGUAUAUUUGUAUAUUGAAACAUACAUUCAAUCUACUUUGCCACUUUUGUAUAAUACAUGAAUAUAAUGCUAAAUUUAAUAGGGCUGGGAUUAUUGAUAACACACGUAAAUAAGAAGGUAAGUUAGUAAGUAAGCCAUAACCUGCGCGGUAACCCAUUACCCAAAACCUCCUGGUUAAAACUCCCAGUUUAACCUAAUAGACACACCUGCAUUGUAACAGACCGGCAGUGUAAACACAUACCAUAGCGCCUUUGGAAGUGUGGCAGUCUGACUGAGGCCCCGAAGGAAGCUGUUUGCAAGCAAAUUUUUAUAAAUUGGUUAUUGCCCCAGCGCUAAAAUUUUGGGGAACGUUUAACUUAAGGCCAUGUUUUUACUAAUUGACACAUUCAUAAUAAAUAAUGCAUUCAUAAUAAACAUGGCUAUAAUGUAUCAUGCCUUUUAUCAAUGUUCAUAGCCAUAUUUAUAAUUCCUUAUGGAUGCAUUAUAAUGCUUUAUGUAUGUGUUUAUAAAUGACUAAAAACAUGGCAAUGUUACCAAAAUUUGGAAUAUGCAAUAAUAUAAUGUCUAUUUUUCAUGUAGCAUGAAUAUUCUCUGGGCAGCGCAGUGGGCUUGAAUCCCACACCCACUCAAUGUGUGUUUCGGGUUUGAAUCCCAUCCCCAUUCAAUGUAUGUUUGGGGUGUGAAUCCCACUGCCACUCUGCAUUUACCUCUCUUCCUGUGAAUUUCCUCAGUGCAUCUCACCGUGUUUGUGAUGUGAUACACUGUUUUGUAAUUAGUUUUAAAGUGAAAGAACAGAAUAACACUGAUUUACAGUAUGAAUGGGGGAUCUUCACUGUUACUGAUCUCCACCCUCACAGGGAAUCUCAGACCCUUGAAAGUUAAAUGUGAGGGUUACACUACAAUGAGCAUAAAUAAAGAUGCCAGUUUGUGAGCUUGAAAUUA